GUAGCACUUCCUCCAAACUAUCCGUAUACUCCAAUAUCUCAGCAUGUUUAUCUCAUGGAACCCGCUAAAGAGUAUCAAUUUGAGCUAGACCCAUUUCAGAAAGCGGCAAUCGCGUCGAUAGAAAGAUCUGAAUCAGUUUUGGUCAGUGCACAUACUUCAGCUGGCAAGACAGCAGUGGCUGAAUACGCAAUUGCUCUAGCAUUGAAAAAUAAACAGAGAGUAAUUUAUACAAGUCCGAUCAAGGCUCUAAGUAAUCAAAAAUAUAGAGAAUUGGAAUCGGCUUUUAGUGACGUGGGAUUAUUAACGGGUGAUGUGACUAUAAAUCCAAAUGCGAGCUGUUUAGUAAUGACAACUGAGAUUUUACUUGCAAUGCUUUAUCGCGGUAAUGAUGUUAUCAUGCGAGAGGUUUCGUGGGUUGUAUUUGAUGAAAUUCAUUAUAUGCGAGAUAAAGUAAGAGGUGUAGUUUGGGAAGAAGCUCUAAUAUUAUUACCUCAUCAAGUACAUUUUGUUUUUUUGUCUGCAACAAUUCCUAAUGCAAUGGAAUUUGCUGAAUGGAUAUGCAAGAUACAUGCUCAGCCAUGUCAUGUUGUAUAUACUGACUUUCGUCCCACACCUUUACAACAUUAUAUUUAUCCUUGUGGAGGUGAUGGCAUAUAUAUGGUAGUUGAUGAAAACGGUGUAUUCAAAGAAGAAAAUUUUUUACAAGCGACUCAAUCAUUAUUACCGGAUCAAGAUGUUGAAUACAAAUCUUUUAAGGGUAAAAAAACAACUGUAAUUGAUAGAUCCAAAGAUGAUGAAAAAAGAUUGGUAAAAACUGUGUUUGAUAAUGCAAUUGACGUGCUUGAUGUGGAGGAUCGGCAAUUGCCACAAAUAAAAUUUCUGUAUCCAUAUUUAUUACGUGGCAUUGCCUUUCACCAUUCCGGGCUAUUGCCUCUUUUAAAAGAAAUAGUCGAGUUGCUAUUUCAAGAAGGUUUAAUAAAGGUCCUAUUUGCUACUGAGACUUUUGCUAUGGGGCUUAACAUGCCAGCUAGAACCGUGGUAUUCACAGAUGUGAAAAAAUUUGAUGGUGAACUUGUUAGAUAUAUAACGUCUGGUGAAUAUAUUCAAAUGUCAGGUCGUGCAGGUCGAAGAGGUAUCGAUAUCAGGGGAAUCGUGAUUUUAAUGGCAAGGGAAAAAAUGGCUCCCAAUGCUCUUAAAGAAAUGAUUAUGGGUGAAUCAGAUAACCUGACAUCGGCUUUCCAUUUAAAGUAUAAUAUGAUUUUGAAUAUGAUGAGGGUUGAAGGGAUUAAUCCAGAAUAUCUUUUGAAAAAUAGUUUUUAUCAGUUUCAGAAUUCUGCUACCUUACCAGCACUUGAAGAAGAUCUUCGUCACGCCGAAUUGGAAUAUUCUAACUCUAUAAUACCUGAUGAAGAUGUCAUUGCUGAAUAUUAUGAUACUCGCAGACUAUUGGAUGUUUACGCCCACGAAAUGAGACAAAUCAUAAAUCAUCCUUCUAAUUGUCUUAAAUUCCUUAAACCAGGGAGAUUAGUACGAGUAAAACAUGCCGACAUGGAUUUUGGGUGGGGAAUGGUAGUUGCAUAUGGAAAAAGGGUGGAUCAAAAAUAUAUUGCGGAUCCAACCUUUGAACGAACAUUACAAGAAGCUAGUGACAAUCAAGAUAACCCAACAUCCUCUACUGAUAAAUACUUUGUUGACGUACUACUAUAUUGUGAUAAAGAUUCUAUUGUUGCUAAGGCAGCUGAUGGAACAACUACUGGCGUAAAGCCUUGUAAAGAAAAUGUUCCUGGUGAAACGAUGGUUGUUCCUGUCGAAUUAUCUAGUUUGUCUUGCAUAAGUCAAAUCCGUAUAUUCCCCCCUAAAAUUUUGACGCUUAAACAAGUUAGACAAAGUGUUUACGAUAGCAUUCAAGUAAUAAUUAAACGUUAUCCCGGCGGAUUAGCCCCACUAGAUCCUAUUGAAGACAUGGGUAUAGAAGAUGAAAAUUUCCAAAAGUUGAUAAGGAAAACGGAAGUCCUUGAAGAUAAGCUUUUCUCCAAUAAACUUCAUAAUACUUCACAACUUUCAUCACUAUAUGAGCAAUAUGGCAAAAAAGUUGCACUUCGUGCCAGAAUAAGAUCUUUGAAAAAGAAAGUCAACAAUGUUAAAUCCAUCUUACAUCUAGAUGAUCUUAAGCACCGUAAACGAGUCCUACGUCGAAUAGGAUAUUUAAGCGAGGAUGAUAUAGUUACAGUUAAGGGUCGUGUCGCGUGUGAUAUCAAUGUUGGUGAUGAAGUUGUUCUGACCGAAAUGUUACUAAAUGGAGUUUUUAGUGAUUUAUCAGUUGAAAAGAUAGCAGCGCUUCUCAGCUGUUUUGUAAUAGAACAACAUGAUAAAGAAAGGAUCAAUUUAAAAGAAGAUCUAUACGUUGUAUAUCGUAGAUUACAGGAGAUUGCACGAAACAUCGUGGCUAUAUCAGUAGAGUGUAAGCUUCAAAUAAAUGAAGAGGAGUAUCUUGCCAGUUUUUGCCCUGACAUGAUGGAAUUAGUGCAUAAUUGGUGUCAGGGAAAGUCAUUCGCAGAAAUUAUGAAAAUAGCACCCAAAUCCUAUGAUGGUCAUGUUAUUAGAGUGUUUCGAUGCUUAGAUGAAUUACUACGAGCAAUGGUUACUGCUGCAAAAAAUAUUGGAAAUUCAGAGCUAGAAAUGAAAUUUCAGACGGCCAUUAAUAAGCUAAGACGAGGUAUACCUUUUGCGGCAUCAUUAUAUAUUCAGUAA